AUGGCGUCGUCCGAAUCUCUGGAGGCGUUGAGAGAUUGUAACCUCCUCCGCAGGAUCCGAAUCGCUGGCCUUGUCAAAGGCGAUCCAGCGCAGCCAGUGAACCUUGUCCAAUCCCAGUCCUUCCCGGCAUGUCGCGCCAAUGCUGGACGAGAAUACCGCCCUCCUGUUCCGACUUGGGGGCCCCUGCCUCUACCUCCCAACGGUGACGAGAUUGAACUGAGUCUCGACGAUGAGCCCAUCUCUGAAGGACGCGUCGGGGUUGUAUACUCGGCGGACGUGACUUUACGUUCUAAUCCGGAGGGUCUCGGGUCCCUGCCUACGACCCUCUGCGUGAAGGUUAUAAAGCCUCGCUUCUCCAGGAGGGCGGCGCGCGAAGCAUGGAUGCACGAGCAGCUCGCUUUGAGCGGCUGCAGUGGCACCUCCACGCCGCGGUAUUUUGGCUUUUUUACAGCGCCUUUGAGGAAUACCACUACAGCUACUCGAGAGUCUAGAAAGACGCUGAACCCCGACGACAUCCUGCCCUGGGUCGAGGCACGUUUUCAUGACUCUGACCACGACCCUUAUGUCGACUCCGACUCGGAUCUUCCUCCAGACAAGCUCAACGACGACUCGCCCAACUUUCACAAAUAUGACGUCGGCCGUCAUCGCAGGAACUCUCCCUGGUACGCCUAUGAACAUGACGAAGAGAACCCCCUCCUCUCCGUCCUUCUCUUCGAGGUUUUAGGACCGCGCAUGUUCAGUGAACCGGAUAUGAAGGACCACGAGAAGGAAUACCUCGAGGAGGCCGCCGAACUUGUGAUUGACAUUGGGAUGACUGGAGUGCGACACCACGAUCUACGCACCGCGAACGUUCUACAGGUCCCUUCAGAAACGUUGGCCUCUCCCAACUCGCGAGUUUCGAAGUACUCCAUCACGCCCGACGACAUCGCCAAUAACAGCAGAGAUUUUCGUAGGGUUACGACAUUGCCAGUGGAGAAAAUUGGAGGUUACUAUUGGUGGGGACUUGAAUUGUCGUCGUGA